UUUUCCAGGGGGUACAACUGCAAAACGCCCAUCACGCAGUGCACUCCUUCGUGCGUUUGCGCUGCUUCUCCGGCGCGCGCGCGGGUGCUCACUCCCGAGCGCUCUCUUUCUCGCACGCAUUUCAUCGAACACAUGGCGUUCGCUUCGCAUCUCCCUCACUGACCUCCGCCUUCCUCCAACCACGCCCUCCUCCUCCGAUGGCCUCCGACUCCAUCGCCGGCACCACCGUCAUCCCGCCGAUGAACGCCCUCGAGAUCCUCCGUGAAACCAUCCGUGUCCUCCGCGCCGACCCCUCUGCUUUCACCGCCAUCCUCGCUUUCCUCAUCUGCCCCGUCUCCGCCGCGCUCCUCUCCAACGCCCUCGUCCCUACCGCCGCCGUCACCGCCCUCUCCCGCCGUCUUGCUCUCCUCGCCCUCCGCUCUGGCCUCCCUCUCACGCAUUCCAUCAGACACCUCUCGCACCAUCUCUCGUCCUCUGUCCUCUCCUCCCUUUUCUGCUUCCCUUUGCUUCUCUCCCUCCUCCUUCUCGCUCGCUCCUCCAUAUCCUUCUCCGUUGCCUCCAUCUACGCCUUCAGACCCAUCUUGCUCGCCGAGUUCGUCGCUCUCCUUCGCCGGAUCUGGCGCCGACUUUUCCUCACCUACCUCUGCGUCUGCGCGGCCAUUUCCGGAUGCGUCGCUCUCUUCCUCGCCAUCCUUGUCCUCGUCUGCAAUGCCUUCUCCGUACUCGGUUACCCUCCGGAGAUCAUCGCAUACCCGGCCAUGCUCGUUUUCUUGACUUUCUCCAUGGCCUACGCUCACACCAUCAUCGUCUGCAAUCUCGCAACCGUGAUCUCCGUCUUGGAGGACUUGUCAGGCCCGCUGGCAUUGCUCAGAUCUGUGCAUUUGAUCAAGGGGCAAACGCAGGCCGGCCUGUUGAUGUUUCUUGGCUCAACGAUUGGAAUGGCGUUCGUUGAAGGAUUGUUUGAGCAUCGAGUGAAGACACUAAGCUAUGGAGAUGGAUCUUCUCGGAUUUGGGAGGGGCCUUUGUUGAUCGUGAUGUACUCGUUUGUAGUGCUUGUGGAUUCAAUGAUGAGUGCUGUCUUUUACUUCACUUGUCGAUCCUCGAGGAUGGAGUUAUUGAAUGGCAAUGUUCAUGGCCUCGAGGAGGUUGAGAAGGUUUUGGAUCAACCCAUGGCCAUCAUCGAUUGACAAUUGCCAUGUUGUAGGAGAAUGAAAGAGAUAGAAAGUCAGGAUCUAUGGCGGCAAUGUGAAGGCUUCUUUAAGCGGGAAAGCUUGGAAAUCUUCAUUAUACUUGUAACUGCAGCCUGAUUAUACCAAUUCGGAGCGAAAGGAAAUUUUGGUAUACAAAUUCUUGUCAUAUACUUUAGUUGCAAUAUGAUCUGCAGUUUUAUGUUAAUACUGAUACUGUACUUCUUACACCAUUCAAGAAUAACCUAUUUCGUCUUUUUUUCUCAUAAAUUAUGAUGGAGUUCCCCGGGUUUUAUUGUUUGAAUUGUUUAUUUCCAGACUAUGAUUGUUACAUCGACUUCUAUUAAAUGGAUAUGCUCUUGGCUUUAUUCUGUUUC